AUGUCCACUUCUUUGGCAAAACCUCAGAUGUGUGGCCUCCUGGCCAAAUGUCUGCGAUUUCAUAUUGUUGGAGCAUUCAUGGUCUCCCUGAGGUUUGCAACUUUCUAUAAGUUUGCUGUGGCUGAAAAAAGAAAGAAGGCAUAUGCAGACUUCUACAGAAAUUAUGAUUCCAUGAAAGAUUUUGAGGAGAUGAGGAAGGCUGGUAUCUUUCAGAGUGCAAAGUGAUUUGGAAUAUAAAUAAUUUCUUUGGGUUGAGUUCCUUGGAAGUUUGUCACUUUCCUGUGUUCCUGAACUAUGAAACUAUGACUAUCUGGGGUGAGAAAUAGUCUCUCAAUAAAUAAACAAUUAACA